AUGAGUGUCAGAGUGCUAAAGUCCAACCACCAGAGAAUUAUGAAGAGUAGAGUGAGAACUCCACCAAUGAUGCCUGGAAAAAAGUUCUGUUCCCAUUUUAAGAUAAUCAUAAAACGUAUAAAAUAUGGAAAGCUUAGGCAAUAUAUUAUUGGUUUUCGAAUACCAAUAUUUUAUUUGAAAAGAUUUUAA